UUUGUGUUAAUUUAAGUCAAAUCUUGGUGUUUGUAUUUUUGUUUUUUGUCUGUUUUGUGUUUUUCUUGUCCAUCCAUGGCAAAGGAGGGAGAUGAUACAGUAGAUGUAAAUCCGCUAGAUGUAGAACCCCCAUGCCCAUCUGGCCAUCCAAGCUCUGACAAUGAUGAACAGGACCAUGAUUUGAGAGAUCAUCACAGUCCUGAGGAUCAUGGGGAACUAGGCUCUGACAUCCCCUGGGAGAAUCGUUACGAAAAGCUCUGGGUAGAGGUAGAAAAAAAGGAGAUGAAAUCCACCUUUAAAAGUGUUGCAGGAGAAUUAAAGGCAAGGUUUGGAGAACUUUUCAAAUCAAACCGAAGUACUGCAGAAGAUACAGAACAAGAGCAUGACAAAGCUGAAUGCAGCCCAGUAGAAGAUGACUCAAGUGAUGAAGAGGAGGGGGAGGUCAUUGUAAGACCCACAGCCAGAGCACGGAGCACAGUCCUCCUCACCAUACCUGAGCAGAGAGAAUCUGGACUGGAAGACUCGAUGACAGAAUCAGCUGAUCACUCUCUGUGUGAGGACAGAAUGGAGGUGUGUGCAGCCUCAGGUAGUGAAACCAACAAGUAUCAAGAGCCAGAGCAACUCACUGAUGAGGAAGAGCGCAGGUCUUCUUCACCACAACCUCCUAUGGAAGACUUUGAUCACGACGUCACCACCGAUUCGACUGAUGGUCACGCCAUCCCCACGUCUGUUAUUGACCAUUGCACAGUCUUAGAAGAUAAUAACACACUUGCUCCAUUCUCUGAGGAGCAGCUAGAAAAGAACAAGAACAAUAAUUCAGAUGAAGCUGAACUGAAGAACAGCAGUGUGAGCUCAGAAGAGGAUCCGGAGGAGUUCACAGAGCUCCACCCCACUCCACAAGGCAGAUCAGCAUCUGUUCCAGGUGUUUCUGAUGAAGAGUUGGAAGAGGACAUGGAAAGGUUUAAACUUGAGGUAGGGAUGCUGAAGGUUGUCUUCCUGGAUUUGGAGAAAGAAAAGGCCCAGCUUCAGAAAGAGGUAGAGGAUGGCCGCCCCUUCCUCCCGUACUCCCUUCUAGAUCGCUUUUCUUUUCUUUCAUUUUACCUGUGUAUUUCAUUUUGUGUAAAAAGUCUUUUUAACAGACCCAAACUGUGGCUUUACAUAAAGACAUAUUUCUCUCUUUUAGACAUUCAUUUUGUCUGUCUUUAUACCUAUAUUCCAUAUGUGUGAUUUCAGCUGGAGUUUAUCUUGCAUGAUUCUACCAUUUUUGUGUUAUUUUAUUCAAUAAGCAAGACAUGAGAAUUUUGUUGAUGGCCAUUACAUUCAGUAAGCCUCUGGUGCCGUGUUGCAGUGUGUGUCUGUGACAUUCUGGAUUACACUCUGAAACAAAACGCGCCAUCCUGAAUCUUCUCAUAAGUAGUCAUUCAUCCUGCAUGUAGUGUGCAUGCUUAUGUGAACUAAACUCUGCAUCUUGGUACAGUAUUGUAAUGAAGGUUGUGUAAAUUAUAGCCUUCUUUGUCAUAGAAGAAGUGCUAUAAUUGACUGAGAUGAUAUUGCUGUGUAAUCUUUUUAUUUUGAAUUUGCAUGCUGUUUUUCAAUUAUUUAUUAUGCAAACUUUUUUUUUUUUUUUUUUUAGAAACUGACUUCACUGGGGUGUUCAUGUUUGGUUAUUUGUGUGUUUGUUUUGUUGUGUUUUGUUUUGUUUCAUUUUGCUAUAAAUGUGAAAAAUGUCAAACAUGCUGAAUGUGUACCCUGGUACAUUUCAGAGGAAAUUAUUGUACCUUUCGAUAAGUUUAAUUUCAAUUUACUUUCUAAAUUAUCAUGUUUAUGUACAGAAUAGUUUAAUAAUCAGUCACAGUAAGAUAUAGUGCCUAGGGAAUAUCUUUUUCUGAUCCAAUCCACUUAGUUUCUCUUAAAUAAAAACAUAUACUUUAAAUAUCAGUUAACAAUGGCUGUUGCCUGAGUUUCGUGACUCUUGUAGCUGUCACAAGAGGCUCUACUGACCAACUGAAGUCAGGUAACCUACAAUUAACAUUUAAUUUAAUAAUGUAAUAAGGUAAUGUGAAUACUUUCUGCAGAGACCUCCGUUAAUUACUACAACACUGCCAAUUUAACCUCAAGAUGUUUACUGUUAACAUCGAACUUUCCAAAAUGGAUAGAAUGUUCAAUUAUGCUUCUUUGUAAUUAACUAAAAAUACCAUGUCAAAUAGAGUAGCCACGCUAAGGUGUUAGGUCUCCAAAAGGAGGGGUGGCACUAAAUUAUGUAUGACAAAGUAUACAGGUGCCUGCUCCAAAAUGCAUUUUAAGAGGCUGGCUCCAGCAUGUUUCAGUUUGGAAUAACUUCUUGUGUCCAGUUAUAAAAUAUUUACCUUUGUC